CCUGCGCGGAAAGCCGGGCAGGCGCACGCUCGUACGGCGGCCGCAGCGGCAGGGCGGGGCCGACGGGAGCGGGUGGCGGCGGAGGAAGGACCCCCGAGCGCGACCUCGCCUCUCUCGGUGUCUCGCUCCGCCCUCAUCAUCGUCCCGGGGCCCCAAGGACUUUUGCGCGCAGCCAUGGGCGGCGUCGGGGAGCCCGGCGGGGGGUCGGGGCCUCGGGAGGGGCCCGCGCAGCCAGGGGCGCCUCUGCCCACCUUCCGCUGGGAGCAAAUCCGCCGGCACGACCUGCCGGGCGACAAGUGGCUGGUCAUUGAGCGCCGCGUCUACGACAUCAGCCGCUGGGCGCAGAGGCACCCCGGGGGCAGCCGCCUCAUCGGCCACCACGGCGCUGAGGACGCCACGGAUGCCUUCCACGCCUUCCACCAGGAUCUCCAUUUUGUGCGCAAGUUCCUGCGGCCGCUGCUGAUAGGAGAACUGGCCCCAGAGGAGCCCAGCCAGGAUGGAGCUCAGAAUACCCAGCUGAUCGAGGACUUCCGAGCACUGCGCCAGACAGCCAAGGACAUGAAGCUGUUUGAGGCUGAUCCCAUCUUCUUUGCUCUCCUGCUGGGCCACAUCCUGGCUAUGGAAGUGCUGGGCUGGCUCAUCGUCUACCUCCUGGGCCCUGGCUGGGUGUCCAGCACUCUUGCUGCCCUCAUUCUGGCCAUCUCUCAGGCUCAGAGCUGGUGUCUGCAGCAUGACCUGGGCCAUGCCUCCAUCUUCAGGAAGUCCCGGUGGAACCAUGUAGCCCAGCAGUUUGUGAUGGGGCAGCUGAAGGGCUUCUCUGCCCACUGGUGGAACUUCCGCCACUUCCAGCACCAUGCCAAACCCAACAUCUUCCACAAGGACCCGGAUGUGACAGUGGCACCUGUCUUCCUCCUGGGGGAGUCAUCUGUGGAGUAUGGCAAGAAGAAACGCAGAUACCUACCCUACAACCACCAGCACCUGUACUUUUUCCUGAUUGGCCCACCACUUCUCACCCUGGUGAACUUUGAAGUGGAAAAUCUGGCAUACAUGCUGGUGUGCAUGCGGUGGACGGACUUGCUCUGGGCCGCCAGCUUCUACUCUCGCUUCUUCUUGUCCUACAUCCCCUUCUACGGUAUCCCUGGGGCACUCCUCCUCUUUGUUGCUGUCAGGGUCCUGGAGAGCCACUGGUUUGUGUGGAUCACACAGAUGAACCACAUCCCCAAAGAGAUUGGCCAUGAGAAGCACCGGGACUGGGCCAAUUCUCAGCUGGCUGCCACUUGCAACGUGGAACCCUCACUCUUCAUUGACUGGUUCAGCGGGCACCUCAACUUUCAGAUCGAGCACCACCUCUUCCCCACAAUGCCGAGGCACAACUACCGCAAGGUGGCCCCACUGGUCAAAGCACUGUGUGCCAAGCACGGCCUGCAUUAUGAGGUGAAGCCUUUCCUCACUGCCCUGGUGGACAUCAUCAGGUCCUUGAAGAAGUCUGGCAAUGUCUGGCUGGACGCCUACCUCCACCAGUGAAGGCAGCAUCCGCCUGGGCGGAGAAGGGGUAAGGGCCCAGGGCCCCAGCAAUCACCGAGCCACCCCAGGCAGGAUCUACAGCCCCACCCUCACCCCCACGGUGUGCCCUGCCUGCCCACCUGGUCCUGCCAUCCUCCCCGGUCAGCAGCACUAUGGCUGCAGCUCUGUGCCCAGCAGGACCAGGGCAGAGGGAGGGUUCUCAAAGCCACAUGGUGAGCACAGCAUGUUUUCCUAGAGCAAAAGUGGGGGGAGACUGUUAUUUUUAUAUAAAAACCAACCUAGAUAUAUUACGGAGUAGUGUUGAAUGUGCAUGAAUUUUGGAACUGGAGUGUGACACCCAGACCCCUCAGAGGGGCCAUCAAGGGUGUGGACAGGGGAUGGGGAAUAAGGAGUACCCCCUUUGCCAUGGGUGCUCUGGGUUCAGCUCAGAUUUGCCUGACGGCUUGAGUCCUUUAGCCUCAUCCACUCACCAGCACCCUGAGGCAAGUCAUGUGCACAAAGCCCCAGGGCUGAGGCCCACAUCUGCAGGGCCCCCUGGGGGGGGCAGGGGAUGGGGAAAUCGGCAUGUCCGGCUCUGUACUGGCCUCGUCCUAUAGUCCUUCUCAUACUCCUCCAGGCAACUGGGCUUUAGAGGGCACCAGAUAGUCAAGCAUCAUGCGGGCAGUGGUAGUGAAGCCUGUGCGUAGCAGCACCCGUCUCUCCCAGGCCCACCUGCUUGCCUGCAGUCACUGCACUGAAUAAACCAAGCUCCUGAAGUGUGGCCAUUCUGUCCCUGAGUCCCUGGAAUCUGAGGACACAUCUUUGGGCAGAGCACAACGGGUGCAGCUAGACUGUAGUAUGUUUUUUGGAUAAACCCAGGGCCUUCCCAUGCUAAGGGUGCACUCUGCCACUGACCUAAACACCCUCACCUGGGGAGGGCAUUGAGUUGCUUCCUGGGUGUCCUGAAGGUAAGCGAGAAGUCAGAGGUGGACUGCCAGGCCCCUCUGCUUCCAACACCAACACUCAACAGCUCUGAGUUGACCUGCAGGUGUCAUUUGAAGACGCGUCGGCAACUUUGAACAAGCAGCACAGUUGAAAUGCUGAGGUUAGACUUCUCCUAGGGCCUUUCUGGCAUGGGAGCUAGUAUCACCACCCCCAGCUAUGGGGAUGGCCCCCACUUUUGGUCGGAGUUCCCAUUCGUCUGUAUCGGGUUUCCUUUUAAAGGUAGAAAGGGUAUAGAUACUGUAAUUCUUCUUAUGUCCCCUCUCCACCUCUCCACCAGGAUGACACUGUGGGGAAGAGGCCUUUGCUGCCCUCUCAACUCAGCCCUCCACAAGGCAACCCUAGGCAUCUACUUGUAAACUAUUCCGAGACCCAGAUCCCUUGAUGCAGAUGGAGAUCAUGGUACUUGGGUCACUGCAUGGUUGCAUGGGCUCUUCCCCAGGGACUCGCCUUCUGGGUUCUCCUAACUCUCAGGACUCCUCCCUUGCCCAACCCAGCCUAAGGUCCAGGGUCUCCUGACAGCACCUGGAUAUUGGCCUUAUUUAUUGCUAGAAGCUCCUGGCUGCCCAGAGCUCAGCACAGGAGGCUUCAGCCUGCUUUCAGAGAGGGUGACAGCUGGCAGAGUGGCUCGAAUGGUAGAGCACCUGCUUGGCAAGUGUAAGGUCCUGGGUUCAAACUCCAGUGGCUCAGAAAAAGAAAAAAGUUAUCUCUCAGAGAGGGUGACAAACUAGGUUUGGCCCACCCAGAUUCACUCCACUCUAUGUGAUUUCCACCCCCUCAUCUCUGGGAUCAGAUGAACUUGGGAGGAGGAUGGGUAGAAAAUAGAGGGUGAAGUCCUGCCUCUGCUGGAAGGCAGGGUGUGUGACUUUGGGGAAGUUAUUUAACUUCUCUGAGAUGGAGUGCCACCCCUCCCAAGUGAUAGGAAGUAAAAGGGGUGGGUGCAGGAAGGCUCUUAGCAAAGGGCCCAGCGGUUCAGUUCAGUGGUUUAUGUACUGACUCUUAUGGGCAGUACUGUGCCCUGAGCUCACUAUUUACUCUGUGACCUGAAAACAAGCUCUUUGCCUUCCAUAAGCCUCCUGAGGUAGGAUUGAAUGCCGCGUGCAGUGGUGCACUUAUAAUCUCACCUACUUGGGAGGCUGAGGCAGGAGGAUCAAAAGUUAGAAACAAGCCUGGGUAACUUAGCAAAACCCUAACAAAACUUUUUAUUUUCUCAGAGGGCUUAGGGGUAGAGCACUUACCUAGUAUGCUCAAGUCCUUGGGUUUAGCCUGUAGUACCGUACACACACACACCAAAAAAAAAAAAAAAGAAGGCUUCUUCCUGCCUCAAGUGCAAACUCCUGAUGCCCCAAAGCAUGUCCUGUGUUCGAGGUCUCUAUUAGGAGUCCCUCUCCUGUCAUCACCUGUCCAAGUCCUGCAGAUCUACUCCUGGAGCCACAAGAGCACGCAGAGCCAGGGCCAGGGAGAGCUUGGGUGACAUUCCUCCUGUUCACGCCCUGGCAGACGGCCAUCUGUGUACACCAAGUACACUGGGAUCCACAGUGGUGGCUCUGAUGCAGUUAGGGGGAUGGUAACACCCAGGCCUCUAGGGACUCCGACUGCUCCUGCUCAAAGGGGUCACUAAGCCUGCAGCACCACCUAGGGGCAUCUGGAGUGUCUGCACUACUGCGGGGCAGGUUGUGCUUCAUGCUGCCCCUGGCGGUGACCUAGAGAAGCGUGAUGUCCCUUGUGCAAACAUGGAGUUACUCAAUAACUUGUUUAAAGAUCCCUUGGGGAGACCCCCUGCCCUCAUGUAUCUACCUAGGUCAUGGCAGGUCAUGUUUGCCCUUAUCUUCCUCUGUCCCUCAUUAGAGCCACUAGGAAUGGGCUACCUCCAACUCCUCAGCGAGGACCCCUCUUCCAUUUUCUGUAGGUCUCUUCCUAUUUAGUCAAAGAGCAAAGAUUAGGAAACAGAGCCCAGAUUUCUGAAAAGACCAGAGAAAGGCCUUGGUGGUGCCUCUGGGAAACCUCGCCUCCCCUUUUCUGUACAAGAGUCCCAAGCCCGGAAAUAAGCGAACCAGACUUGUGUGUUUGUUCUCCAAUCAACCAACAUCUAAGUCUCCUGUGAUCCAGUUCAGGAGAACCAGCCCCUCCUGUCAUUUGGGAGCAGCUGUCCACAAGGGGGCAGACAAUGUCUUUGUGACUGGACAGGUUGUGGGUCUCUCCCAUGCACACCUUCUGCACGUGCUGUCCUGGAACACCUUGCUCGAGGAACACCUUGCUCGACACCACCAGUAUCCAAGCUCCAGGCUCCUGUUGAUACUUCUCUCUAACAUACUUGCUCUUGAACCAGAUGGUUUGGAAGAAAGUCCUAACUGCUUUCAAAGUCCAAAGAAAAGCAUUUAUGAUGGUAGAGGGCAGAAGGGCCAUGUUGGUAAUAUCUAGCACACUAGGGGGUCAUGUGUUCAUGAGAAGCCAGUCUGGUUAGAAAGGUAAAAUCCCACCAAAAGAGUACUUGGCAGCCAGGGCCUGGGCAAGCCUUCCCCUACUAUUCAUGGAUGGACACCAAGUACACUGGGAUCCACAGUUGACUGGUCCAUCUCAGACAUUAGAACAGCUGUCCCCCAGGGCACUCAUCUUGGGGACAGCAUAACUAGGCCAGCUAUGGCAGCCUGAGCACAGCCCAGGUAGCUGCCACCUUUGCCCUGCCCCUUCUUGCCAAAGGCCUUCUCUCCCCUCCUAGAGGACCCAGAGGGCUCCAAGUGUCCACCUGGGCAUCUAAGGAACUUGCCAUGCUGCAGACUUCCUUUGGGCCUCCAGCUCCACAGCCCAGGCUGCUCAGCCAGCCCUGUCUCAGAGCCUGGCACCCUGUACGUGACCACACCACUGCAGAACUGAUAGAGCUAUCUCUGUAGCCACCCUGGUAUGGGUGAGCUCUUAUCUCCUCUGCCCAGACUGGCUGUCCCCCCACUGUUCACACCUACUCAGGCCAGCCAAGAGCCUCCUGCAAACAGCCUGACAUUUGAUAGAAUGGAUGUGGGGGAAGAGAUGGCCAGGCAGACUGGGUUGGGAACAGGAAUCCACAUGCAAGCCUAAUUCAGCUGGUGUCACUGUGUGGUCUUAGGGCAGUCCUUUGCCCUCUCUGGCCUCAGCUUCCUGGGUUAUGAAUGAAGGUGUCAAGGUUUGGUCGCUCAGGCCUUACAAUUUUGGUAGGGGGUAGAAACCCACACUUCUGGGGGUGUUGAUCAAAAAUCUCAGUUGAGUACCAGGACAAGAGAAGGGUCAUUAGGCAGAGAGCAGGUAUGGCUGUCCCCAGCUUCUUGACCCAAGGGUAGUGCUCAAGGGCAGGGUAGGGGCUGGAGGUGUCACAGGUCAAGGGGAAGCCACAGGGGACAUCAAGUGCCCAUGGAUCUGGGCCCAGAUUUGCCUGGUGUCCUCAAAGCUGAGCAUCCACCUAACCCUAAGUCUCCCCACUCCCUGGGUCCCUGGCUGUCCCAGACAAUAGCCCCUGGAGUCCCAGUUAGCAGAGCCCAACCUGGGAGUCAGGGGUGCCAGGCUGGACCUGGUAGAACACAGCACAGGUGAGUGUUCUCCAAGGCCUCCUGUAGGCCUACCUGGGGUGAGGCUGAGGACUCACAGAUGUUGAGAAAUGUCAGUGUCCUUGGAGUCCUCUGGCCCAGCAGUUUUGUUGCUCAGAUGCAGAAACUGUGGCCCAAAGGGUGGGGGAAGCAAAGGACUCCCCCAGGGCCACUUAGUGAGUCAGCAUCAAUCUCUCCCUCCUGGCUUGGGGCAUCACACAUAUCCCACUGGCCCACUGUCUGUCCCUGCCUGGCUAGACUCAGGCCACUUAGCCCCCUGCCUCAGUCCUGCUGGGAGGUACUGCAAGGCCAGUAGGAGCUGAGGUGUUGGCUACCCUAUGCCUCUUGGUUCUUAUCUGGCACACCCAGCUAGCUGAGCCAGACCACAGCUAGCUAGCUGAUCAGAGAGCAGCAUGGAUCCAGUGGAGCACCAAGUGCCUCUGGUGUAUCCUUCAGACUUAUCUGCGGCUCCGGGGAUCAUACCUGGGACCUGGUCCCCACAACCUUGCCUAUGACUACGUGACCCAGGCUGGAAUGGUAUCAGCCUCCCCCAGGCUGUGGGGACUGAUUGAGCCACAGCCUGGGAACAGCAUGGAAACAUCAGUCUCCAGGGUCUUCUGCAGCACCUUUGAAGGACUGGGGUUGUUUGCCUCCAUGGCCUUCCUCCAGCCCAGCCUCCCUCCCUGCUGGGAGGGCCUCCCCUGGCCCCCAAUACCACACCCCCAAUAUUAGCACGCAGGGAAGAAUACUAGUCAGCCAUUGAUCUUACUACAAGAAAGUGAGAAUAAAAUUACUUCUUUUAUUUCCCAAAAAUGUAGGGGUAGGGAAGCAAAGUGAUAAAAAUUAACAUCAGUUCUCUGUGGAUUCAUUCUGACUCUGGGGGAAGAUACAGUAGCUGGUUGAAGGAGAUUGUUGUCAUGGUAUCCUGGAGGUCUCUCAAUGCCAGCUGGUCUCUCCUGGCUGGCCAGAGCUGGGGCAUCUAGAAGGCUUCCCCAAAAGGCCCCCACUGAAUCAUGUGUGCCCGGGCUCUCCCCUGAAUCUAAAUAUUGGUUAGUGAGUUAGAUCUGAGAAUGUCGCAGCUUAGUUGCCUCCCAGUGCAUCAGACAUCCCCCUUCCCUCACACUUCCUAGUACCCUCAGCUGCCCUGUCCCC